UGACGGUGCUCACCAUGGUAGUAGUACUAAUUUUCCUACCCAAAAAAACUAAAAAAAGAUAAAAUCAAUAAAUAAAUAUACUUGAUUAAUAAAUAAGUAUGGAUAAAUGAAAAUAGGAUGAUCCAUAUAUAUCUUCCCGUCAACACCACGACCUCUUCUCCUCAAUCGGACGGCCAUUAAUUUAUUAUCUAUAUCUACUGUUUGAUCUAAAUCCAACGGUUCAUUUUUAAUUCCUUGAACUUUUUCAUUUCUCAUCGCUUCGUAUAUAUAAUAAUAUUUCUUACAUACAACAACACAACCAAGCUCAAAAACCAAAGGCGCAUCAUCGUAAACUGCGAAACUCACCGGUUUUUUUAUUUUAUUAUUAUUUUUCUUCCUCAACAAUACCAACGAGGAAAACAAUAACCUUCUACAAUUCCAAGUAUUCUUCUUACUUUCUUCUGUUUUUUUUAAACCGGCGAAAAAAAGUUUAGUUACUGUCUACCACCGUGUAGCCUGAGAUGUUACCGGCGCAACCGGUAAUAAAAACCGUGGUGGUGAGAAUCUCGCGAUAUAGGUGGGGGUAAAGUAUAGGUUAAGUGAAGCGGGUAAGAAAAAGAAGAGUAAAUCGUACGGUGGAGAUUGAAUCUGGUGGGUUCCACUAUGGAAACUCAGAAUACGAAUAGCCAAAGCAAGCUCGCCCGAACCAAAUCCUCUCUGCUUCGGUGUUCUUCUCCGACCAACAGAUCCUCCAUUCAUAGCCUCGGUUCAGUAAAUGAAGACGAGUUUUACGAUGUAGAGAAACUCGAUAAGAAGAAGAAGAAAAACGGAAAUAAAAAGAAUAAGAAGAAGCGAGGGUUCGAUUCCGGUUCAGGUUCUGGUUCGAUCCGGUUCGUUGCUGCUCCGAUUCUAGGUUUUUUCAGCGGGUGUUCACUCUUCUUCUACGUUUUCUAUUUUUUCUAUAUUGGGUCAGUGGGUCCCACUUCCGAGAACGUGUUGCUGAUUCUAAUAUUCGUGGCUGUAGCGCUUUACUUGGUAAACAGGAACAAACGCGUGAUUCAUAGAAGCGUUUCGGUUUUGAAACAUUCAUGGGACGGGAAUUUGAAAAGACUCGGGUUUAGUUCCAAAGGAAGUGAGAAACCGGUUCAGUGGUUUAUCGGUGAAACCGGUUCAGCGGAUAAGGAGAAGGUGAAAGUGAAGGAGAAUGGAACAAGGAAAGAGGGUGUGGAGUGUUACAGCAAUGGUGAUUUUUACGAAGGAGAGUUUCAUGGAGGAAAGUGUAAUGGAAGUGGGGUUUAUCACUAUUUUGGGAGUGGAAGAUAUGAAGGUGAUUGGGUUGAUGGAAAGUAUGAUGGUUAUGGAAUUGAGAGCUGGGCUAGGGGGAGUCGUUAUAAGGGCUGUUAUAGACAAGGUUUGAGACAUGGUUAUGGAGUUUAUAGAUUCUAUACUGGUGAUUCUUAUUCUGGAGAAUGGUGUAAUGGACAGAGUCAUGGUUUCGGGGUUCAAUCUUGUUCCGAUGGUAGUUGUUAUGUUGGUGAGUUUAAGUUUGGUGUCAAACAUGGACUUGGAUGUUACCAAUUUAGAAAUGGAGAUAAAUAUACUGGGGAGUAUUUUGGAGACAAAAUCCAUGGAUUUGGGGUCUACCAUUUUGCGAAUGGACAUUGCUAUGAAGGAGCAUGGCACGAAGGUCGUAGGCAAGGUUAUGGUGUUUAUAGUUUUCGAAAUGGAGACAGAAAACAUGGUGAAUGGGAUGGUGGCGUCCUUAGGCAAUCUCUACCACCACAGACUCAUGCUGUCCUUACAUCAGUUCAGGCUGCUAGGAGAACAGCUGAAAAUGCUGUAAACCUUCUCCGGAAUGAUGAACAAGUGAACAAAGCAGUAACCGCUGCGAACAGAGCGGCGACUGCUGCUAGAGUUGCAGCAGUGAAAGCUGUUCAGAAUAGAAUGGGUGGAAAAUUUUGCAAUGAUCAAGUUUAAGUUUAAGAGAGAGUGAGAUAUUAGAUGUUAGCCUCUCUUUGGAAUUGUAAAUUUUUACUAAUUAUAAGUAUUUGAAAUAUGUGCCACCCUGGUGAGAAAAAAAAAAGCUUAUCGGAGGAGGCUGAAGAGAGUAUGUUAUAAAUCUAAUCUUUGUUUCAGAAAGUAACUUGUACAUAAACAAUGUAUAUGGCUGAAAGAUUAAUUUUCACUAGUACUUUUUCUUAAUGAAAUUUUCACUAGUA